ACGUAGCCCGCACUUCACACGGCCCAUGUCGGACAACGAGGGACACGGCGGCCUUCCGCCGAACGACGACGACCUCUCGCUGCCAAAGGCGACAGUUGCAAAAAUGAUCUCAGAGUAUCUCCCGAAGGACGUCGCGUGUGCCAAAGAGACGAGAGAUCUCAUUAUUGAAUGCUGUGUAGAAUUCAUUCACCUGAUUUCCUCUGAGGCGAACGAGAUCUGCGAGCAGGAGUCGAAGAAGACCAUUGCCCCAGAGCAUAUUAUCAGCGCACUGAAGCGCCUGGGCUUCGACAACUUCACGGAGGACAUCGAAGACGUCUUGAAGGAUCACAAGCGGGCACAGAAGGACCGCGAGCGUAAAGUGUCGAAACUUGAGAUGUCCGGGCUCACCGAAGAAGAGCUACAACGGCAGCAAGAGGAGCUCUUCGCACGCAGCCGCGCCAAGUUUCAGAAUGCCCAGCAGUAGACCAUACAGCGGCCUUGGCGUCACGCAUGCGCAUGCACAUUGCAUGAACCGCUACCUCCGUUCGUUCUCUCGCUCUGGACAAAUGCUAAACGACCUUGUACCAAUAUGUUUCGCAGUCUUGCGAUUAUUGAUGUGGCCCUUGUAAUUUAUCCCUCUUGUUUUCUACAUGUAUCCAGUAGUACUUUAUUCCGACAAAAGCGAACAUUCUGUACUUAGAAUUGCUGGAAGACUGUUUGUGCUGGCACACCAGUG